AUGGAUCGAUUUAGAAAACUUUUCAAUAAAAGGUGUUCCGUAAUUGGAAUGGUACACCUGCAAGCACUUCCAGGGUGCCCUUUAUUUUCUGGUUCUGUUAACAAAAUCGUCGAAAAAGCUUGCGAAGAAACUGAAUUAUACUUGAAACAUGACAUAGAUGGAAUACUUGUUGAAAAUAUGCACGAUAUACCUUAUAUACAGUCGAAAUAUUUUGGUCCAGAGGUCACUUCAACUAUGACCAGAAUUUGUACAGAAAUAAGAAAACUUAUUCCUGAAACUAAACCUUUUGGAGUUCAGGUUCUUGCUUGCGGUAAUAGAGAAGCCUUGGCUAUUGCAAAAGCAUGCUCUAUGAAUUUCGUCAGAGCUGAAGGAUUUGUUUUCAGUCAUGUAGCUGAUGAGGGUUUCACCGAUGCCAAUGCAGGUUUAAUACUCCGUUAUAGGAAACAAAUUCAAGCUGAAGAUGUACUCGUUUUUACUGACAUUAAGAAGAAACACAGUUCACAUGCAAUAACAAACGAUAUUUCGCUAUUAGAAACUGCUAAGGCAGCUGAAUAUUUUCUCUCGAACGGAUUAAUUCUAACAGGAACUGCGACUGGACAUGCAGCUGAUGUCCAAGAGUUAAAGGAACUUAAAUCAAACAUCGAUCUACCGGUGCUGAUAGGAUCAGGAGUUACUAUUGAUAACGUCGAAAAAUACAUCUCGGCAGAUGCUUUAAUUGUAGGAUCGUAUUUUAAGAAACAUGGGAAAUGGGAUAACGAUAUAGAUGAGGAACGAUUGAGUAGAUUUAUGAAAAAAAUUAAAAACUGUUCUCAUUAA